AUGUCAUCCUUCACGGCAUGGCUUGGGCAGGUACACGGGGAGCGGGCAGGAUGUGGACAGGUACACGGGGAGCGGGCUGGGUGUGGACAGGUAUACGGGGAGCGGGCAGGGUAUGGACAGGUAGACGGGGAGCAGGCGGGGUAUGGACAGGUAUACGGGGAGUGGGCUAGGUAUACGGGGAGCGGGCAGGAUGUGGACGGGUACACGGGGAGUGGGUUGGGUGUGGACAGGUACACGGGGAGCGGGCAGGGUGUGGACAGGUAUACGGGGAGUGGGCCGAGUGUGGACAGGUACACAGGGAGCGGGCAGGAUGUGGACAGGUAUACGGGGUGUGGGCUGGGUGUGGACAGGUAUACGGGGAAUGGGCUGGGUGUGGACAGGUACACGGGGAGUGGGCUGGGUGUGGACAGGUAUAUGGGGAGUGGGUUGGGCGUGGACAGGUAUACGGGUACGGGGCUGGGUGUGGACAGGUACACGGGGAAUGGGCAGGAUGUGGACAGGUACACGGGGAGCGGGCAGGACAUGGACAGGUACACGGGGAGUGGGCAGGGUGUGGACCGGUAUAUGGGGUGUGGGCUGGGUGUGGACCGGUAUAUGGGGUGUGGGCUGGGUGUGGACAGGUACACGGGGAGUGGGCAGGACGUGGACAGGUACACGGGGAGUGGGCAGGACGUGGACAGGUACACGGGGAGUGGGCAGGACGUGGACAGGUACACGGGGAGUGGGCAGGAUGUGGACAGGUACACGGGGAGUGGGCAGGACGUGGACAGGUACACAGGGAGUGGGCAGGACGUGGACAGGUACACGGGGAGUGGGCGGGGCGUGGACAGGUACACGGGGAUUGGGCAGGAUGUGGACAGGUACACGGGGAGUGGGCUGGGUAUGGACAGGUAG